AUGUCUAGUACUGAUUUCAUAUCAAAGGUCUGUUCAAUUGAUGGGAAUAAUUUCUGCGCCGACUGCGGAAGCAGAGCCCCUAGAUGGGCAAGCGUAAAUUUAGGCGUGCUCCUUUGUAUUAACUGCUCUGGAAUUCAUAGAACUCUUGGUGUACAUUUAUCACAAGUCAAAUCAUUAACCUUAGAUAACUUAAAACCGGACUGGAUAAAAUCAUUGCUGAGUAUCGGAAAUAAUGUUGCAAAUACUUAUUACCUCUACAAGUUACCUUCUGAUGUGUCAAGGUACUACGCUUCAGCCUCCCCUAGGUUAGUGGAUAUACAAUUAAUUUUGUUCAGUGAUAUGGAGAUUUGGAUUAGAAAUAAGUAUGAAAAGAAGGUUUACGCAAUGGAUGGUCUAGAUGAACCAUUCUUAUUACUUUCCAAAGGGUACAACCCACGAGAAUCGGUAUUAAAUAGAACACUACCAGAUAGCCAGCCAGUUUCUCAAUAUAAACAUCACCAUAGUCCAAAACACCAACCGGUUUCUGAUUUACUGAGUCUGGGUGAAACCUUUGGAGUCCGAUCGAACUAUAACGAAGGAGUAAAAACAAACGUGAAGGAUGGAAUGAAGCCGUCCUUUGCCGAUGAUUUUAACCCCUUUUCAAUAGACAACACUCAGAGAACAAAUGAUAUUUUCUGGCCUAAUGAUAACCAAUCACGUCGAUCAUACAAAGAUGAGUCCAGAGAUACACUUGGAGUCCCAGAUGUACCUGAGCCUGAGGACUCUGAUAAGAUACGUGACGCUAAAAUCGAAGCAGCCAAAAACUCUAUUGCCAAACUAUUCCAAAACCCAACCCAGAUCGGCUUUAGAAACAGCUCCUACAACUCCGUAAAACCUAAUUGUGUAUCUGGAGAUGGAUUGGAUUUCGAUAAUACUAACCUUAAGGACAAUUUGGAAAGCUUAAACAGAAAUUUAUAA